UUCCAACCGUCAAAUCGUGGUCUGGUUGUGGACUUACAACAAGCAGUUUUUGUUCGGUAUGUUGGUUUUGCGUUCAAAUGGAAUUCCAGUUUGUCUACUUUGAAUUUUACUGUUGACUACAGCCUGGAUGGAAUUCACUGGAGCGAUUAUGUGGAGGAUGAACGACUCAAGGUAAAACAGUUCUAUGUUCGCGUCCUCCACAAAACAUCGCAUUAUGAAGGUUCACGUCGUAUAUUUAUCAAGCAACCUCGAAGGCGGAGUAAACGUGGCCGUUGUCGUUGUAUAAGCUGCCUGGGCUCGGUUGUUCGAAAGAUGGAUAGUGCUAUCCACAGAAUAAAUCUCUAUCCAGUGGAUAACGCAAUUGGUUUCUCUAAUACUUGUCCGCUUGAUAUUGAUUUAUCUAGUGGAUAGCGGUAUCUUAAGUUUGAACAACCCGGGCCAAACGUGAAAGAAAUUUAACAAAAAGCGUCACGUACUUGCAGAGCUUUUUUUUCAACCCAUAAAAACAACUUUUUUGACCUUCUUCGUCGUGGUUGCUUUUAAGCGCGAAGUUUUAAUCGAGGAAAUUUAAUACUCAUCAGUAAAACACUGGAGAUAAUAACCUGCUAAACAGAAUGCAAGUACUAGAUCUUGCUCAACUUUAAAGUCCCCUUAGUUGAUCCUUUAAUUUUUUACCAUAUUUUGGGUGUUUCCUCAGAAUACAGAAUUCAAAGUAAUCGUGGGUGGAAGAUUUGCCAAGAGCUUUAUUGUUUUUUAGUUUUUAUUUCACUGCAGCUUAAGUCAAAAACGUUGUACACAUCAAUCGAUAUUUCACCCUGAAAACGUCGCUUUCUCCCGACAGAUUUUUCGAGCGCAAAAAGAAGACCAAGGGCAAUGUUUGUGUCGUAAAUUAUUCACAAGGUUCUUGCGGAUAAAGUCGAUCAAUGAAGAAGACAUUGGCGACACUUUGGAGGGUUAUGUCGAGGCAUCUCUCUGUUCAACGUUCCGUAAGUUCUAUAAAUUUAAUUAG